CAGCCUAUGCUCAACGAGUGAACAGCGGAGACACCAUUGAGUACCGGACACAAGACAUGAGUGUCUCAUGGGAUGAGCUCAACCCAGACAUCCGACUACUGGAGUCUAAAGUGUCGCUCAUAUUCACAAACUUUGUCUUACAUUACAUCCAAAAUAAGACAAAACUAUUGCAUAUAUUCUCGCGAUUGCUGUCCACUGAGGGCUCAAUUCACGCCAAUAUUAUAAUACUUCCGGAUCUUAACAAAAAGCUAUCGCCAGAUGAUCGCAAAGACUAUUAUCUUUCAGUUGAUCAACAGAUACAACAAUGGAAAGAGGCUUUGGAUGCAAAUGGAUUGACUGCUCAGGAGUUUGAGAUCGUGGACGAUGUCUGGCAUCAGAGCCGUCAAGAGAUCAUAGAUUUUCUACAAGUAUUGAUCCACGACUUCAGACCAUUCUUCGCGAGUGGUGACCAGUUUGAGGCCCAAAGCAAACACAUGUCUGACAUUGUAUUUGAUGCCUACGUUAACCCGGGUAUUGAUGAGCCUAACCCUAACGCCUGGAAGAAAUUCAUGGCCAACGAUACCAUCACUCGAGUGGUCUUACAUUUCAAAAUAUUGAGACUUAUUGCCAAUAAAUAA